AUGAAGUUCACCGCCGCUACAUUGGCGGCUUUGGCCUCAACAGCCAUUGCUGCCCCUUCUCAGACGAUCAAGGAGCAACCACGGGCAGCAGCCGCUGCAUGCUCUGCCAACGUCUCCCUGGAUGCGAAGACCAAUGUCUUUUCCAAGUACACCUUACACCCCAACAGCUUCUACCGUGCAGAGAUCCAGGCUGCAGCUGCAGCCAUCUCGGACAGUACGCUCAAGGCCAAGGCCCUGAAGGUUGCUGACAUCGGCUCCUUCCUCUGGCUUGACACCAUUGCCAACAUCCAGCGUCUUACGCCCGCCAUCGCUGAUGUUCCCUGCAACAACAUUCUCGGUCUGGUCAUCUACGAUCUCCCCGGCCGUGACUGCGCUGCCAAGGCCUCCAACGGCGAGCUCAAAGUCGGCGAGCUGAGCCGCUACAAGACGGAGUACAUUGAUCCCAUUGUCAAGAUCCUGAAGGCGAACCCCAAGACCGCCUUUGCUCUCGUCAUCGAGCCUGACUCUUUGCCCAACUUGGUCACCAACGCCAACCUCGCAACCUGUCAGGCCUCGGCAUCGGGCUACCGCGAUGGCGUUGCAUACGCCAUACAGGCUCUCAACCUUCCCAACGUCGUCAUGUAUCUCGAUGCUGGCCACGGAGGUUGGCUUGGGUGGAACGACAACCUCAAGCCUGGUGCCGAAGAGCUCGCCAAGGCAUACAAGGCCGGCGGCAGCCCCUCGCAGCUUCGAGGCAUCGCCACCAACGUUGCCGGAUGGAACUCUUGGGACGCCGAACCCGGUGAAUUCGCCAACGCCCCAGACGGCCAGUACAACAAGGCCCAGAACGAGAAGAAGUACGUCACCCUUCUCGGCGCCGCCCUUCAGACGGCCGGCAUGCCCAACCACGCCAUCGUCGACACGGGCCGCAACGGCGUUCAGGGCCUCCGUCUCGAGUGGGGCGACUGGUGCAACGUCAACGGCGCCGGCUUCGGCCUCCGCCCCAGCGGCAGCACCGGCCUCGAGCUCGCCGACGCCUUCGUCUGGGUCAAGCCCGGCGGCGAGUCCGACGGCACCAGCGACUCGAGCGCCACGCGCUACGACUCGUUCUGCGGCAAGUCGGAUGCCUACAAGCCAUCUCCCGAGGCUGGUACCUGGAACCAGGCCUACUUUGAGAUGCUGCUCAAGAACGCCAAGCCUGCCUUCUAA